CUGUGCAUUCACAAAUUUGAUUUGUUACUUAAAACACAAGUUUUAAUUAAAUAAGUUUUCCCCUCAUCACCAAUAGCUACGAAAUAUGUUUUGAGCAGCAGCAAAAAAAAAGGGGGAAAAAUCAAUUUCGUUCAGGCCGACUACCACUCGCCGUCUCGUCAACAUGCCUAUACACAAUUUAUUUUUGCAUUCGUCCAUGUUGGCGUUGGUGCUCCUCCUGGCAUGCUGCCACACUACCGCCGCCAUGGAACAAGCAGCUGUGGGUGAAUUGUUUUCCUACAAAAUUGAACCGUUGCUCUUCAAUUGGACCCAUCAGGUCAUUAGCGAACAAUUUCGCUAUCGUGUUUCGCUAGAAGGCUACGCCGAUUUACCCUCCUGGCUGCGUUACAAGUACAGUCACGAGUAUCAUGCUGGCUUCUUGUAUGGCACACCAACUGACCGUUUGGCCGACAAGUCGGUACGCUUGGAUAUUGUGGCGUUGAAUAAGCAAAACUAUGAGACGCGCACAGCAAAGCUUUCGAUAUUUGUGGCACAGAAGUUGCCUUCGUUGAAUAUCAUACAAAUGAAAAUAGACAAUUUGAAUUGGGUGCAUUUGAUGGAUCCGGGACGUGUUGAGAAUUUACGCAACAUUUUUCGUAAGGAUCUGUGGCCAGAAAGUGAAAGCGAUUUGAGUGUGGUAUUCAUGGAGUCGGCAGUAAAUAUGGGUGGAAGGCUGCCAUUGCGACCACAGCAGCGCGAGGGCGUUGUUGUACACCUUGGCAGCUCUGCUCAAUUUUCAUCACGCCUCAAGGAGUUGCAGGAGGAAGUACGUCCCCUCUACAAACUAUCCACUUGCACCUACAAACGCACCUCUGUGCAAAAGGUGUUCGAGAAUGCUGGUUUCAAGUUAGAUUGGUGUGCUUUUAAGACAGUUGGCGCUGAUAUUUCACCGGAAAUACUCUUUCACAAUUAUGGUCAUCGGAGUCAUCAUGACAAUUUCAAGCGCACCGACCGCUGGUUGGGCAUUGCACGCGAGGAUGUGCCAGAUCGCAAUUAUAUUGAUGAGUUUGCCUUCGCUUUCGCCAUUCCUGGCAUGAUUUUCGCUGUACUUUUGGGUAUCUUGUCGGCGGCACUUUGCUUUCAGCACGGGAGAUUAUAUGAUCCAAACUCAGAGUUUUUCUUUGAAAAUAUUUUCCAUAUUUGUGAAGAGUCCUGUGAAAAGGAAAAUGAAAGUGAUUCCGACGAGGCAGGAAGUGAAAUGUCAUCGACCUAUCAACCCGCUACAUCAACCGUUCAAAUGGUACAAUGUUCUGACAGCAACACUGAUCAGCCAGUGACUACUUUGAAGAGCUUGAAGGAUCCCAAUUGCUUGUUGGAUAAUGUCAGCAUGCACUCACAUAGUCCUAACAACAGCUAUUAUCAAACCGACAGUCCAUCAAACACCUAUUUGCGCCCAAAACCCCCACCAUACAAGGGUGGCACUUUAAAUCGCAACGGCGUGGAUAUAUGACAAUCAACCCCAAGGAUUUUAUAUUGCUAAGCAGCAAAAGAAAUGUUUCAAAAUUCGCAAUUGAAGUGAAUGUUCAUAUAAAAAAAAUUAUCAUUAAAGGAGUUAUGAUCAUAUCAAUAUAAAAUAUCCAGCAAAAUUAUUAGAUAUUUAUUAAUGUAUCAGAUAAAUAUACACAAAUGCAUAAAAGUGCGUAAGUAGUAAAAAGGCCUAAUUCAUUUAAAUGCUGUUGUAGAACAAUGAAUAAGAAGUAAAUUAAAUAUAAAAUUAAUUACAAUUAGCACAAUAAAUAAUUUCUUAGAUUAAUUAAAAAAAAAUAAUGUUUUCGAGUGAUAUAACAAUCGUUAUAAUAUGCAGUUAUUGAUUUACAUUUGUUUAUAUAGAAAAAAGCAAUAA